AUGUUCGUUGCUGUUUUUCUGCUCCUGCUGUUCAACACAAUGGUUCAAGCUCAGUAUGACGGAUACAACAAUUUCGAUCCAUUUCGCCCGGAUUUCAAUCCGAUCCCUCCAAAUCUGUUCCAAGUGAUGUAUGUUGCCUAUGGUUGCGCUGACAGCAUUGGCUGUGCGUUCUGA